GGUAAUUCCCUUUGCAGACGUGUCUUCAUCCUCCGCCUCUUCCUCUUCCUCUUCUUGUUUCUCUGACAUUCUCCCGCUGCUAUCCUGACGAUGGAACGAUACACAGCUGAAACGCGUGAAGUGGUAGAACGUAUACACCGAAAAGUGGCGCAAUUGGCCGAGAGGAAGUUGGCGAUUGAAAAUGAAAACCAGCAGAGGGCAAUACGGGAUGCUCAAAUCAAAUCUGAACUGGAGCAGGCAUACGGUCAACGCGAUGCUUUCAAACACCAGGUAGUCCAGAUUCAACAAGAAAGAGACGACCUCAAACACCAGGUAGUCCAGAUUCAACAAGAAAGAGACGACCUCAACCAUCAAUGUGACGCUUUGCGUGCCGAGUUGUCGCAGGCAGAUCAAGAACGAGAGCGUGUUGAACUGGAUCUCAACCAACAAUACGACGCUUUGCGUGCCGAGUUGUCGCAGGCAAAUCAAGAACGAGAACGUGUUGAGCUAGAUCUCAACCAGCAAUGCGACGCUUUGCGUGCCGAGUUGUCGCAGGCAGAUCAAGAACAAGAGCGUAUUGAACUGGAUCUCAACCAGCAAUGCGACGCUUUGCGUGCCGAGUUGUCGCAGGCAAAUUAAGAUCAAGAGCGUACCGAACUGGACCUCAAACGGCGAGAGGGUCGACUCGAGCUCGAAGUGUCGAAUUCUCAAUAGCAAUUCGCAGACUAGUAUAGUUACCUCCGUAUUGCCCUCUUCCUUGCUCGAUCGCGUUAUAGUGCUAUAUAGAAGUAUAUAUAGAAAGAGUCUAAGACAAUCUAAUGUGCC